GCCUUAGCGGGGUAGAGGGCAUCACUGGGGUACCAAAGGUUCCCUGAAGGAGGCCUUGAAUGAUGGGCAGGUGGGCUCAGCCAGGCAACCUAGGAGUCGGCAUGCGGUGACGCUGGCCUCAGAGCCGACAGGGAGCUCAGCCCAGGCCACCCGUUCACUAGAGGGCGGGACAGCUAGUCCCAAGCCCGCUGACUUCCCCGGGACCUGUGGGCACUCUAGGACCACAGGUGUGCCCUCUCCAGCCUAGAGAUGCCAAACAGCCACCCAAAUGUCAGGAGAGAUGGACAAGCCGCUGAUCAGCCGCCGCCUGGUGGACAGUGAUGGGAGCCUUGCCGAGACCCCCAGUGAAGCCCCCAAAGUGGGCAUCCUGGGCAGUGGGGACUUUGCCCGCUCCCUGGUCACACGCCUGGUGGGCUCUGGCUUUAGCGUGGUGGUGGGGAGCCGCAACCCCAAACGCACGGCUGGGCUGUUCCCCUCAGCGGCACAAGUGACUUUCCAGGCGGAGGCAGUGGACUCCCCUGACGUCAUCUUUGUGGCCAUGUUCCGGGAGCACUACUCCUCACUGUGUGGCCUCAGCGACCAACUGGCUGGCAAGAUCCUCGUGGAUGUGAGCAACCCCACAGAGCAGGAGCACCUCCGGCACCGUGAGUCCAAUGCUGAGUACCUGGCUUCCCUCUUCCCCACCUGCACGGUGGUCAAGGCCUUCAAUGUCAUCUCCGCCUGGACCCUACAGUCCGGCCCAAGGGAUGGGAACAGGCAGGUGCCUAUCUGCAGUGACCACCCGGAUGCCAAGCGGGCCGUCUCGGAGAUGGUGCAGGCCAUGGGCUUCAUGCCCGUGGACAUGGGGUCCCUGGUCUCGGCCCGGGAGGUGGAGGCCAUGCCUCUGCGCCUCCUCCCGGGCUGGAAGGUGCCCGCCCUCCUGGCCCUGGGGCUCUUCAUCUUCUUCUACGUCUACAACUUCGUCCGGGACGUCCUGCAGCCCUACGUGCGGGACGGCAAGAGCAAGUUCUACAAGCUGCCCGUGUCCGUAGUCAACACGACGCUGCCGUGCGUGGCGUACGUGCUGCUGUCCCUAGUGUACCUGCCUGGCGUGCUGGCGGCCGCCCUGCAGCUGCGCCGCGGCACCAAGUACCGCCGCUUCCCCGACUGGCUGGACCAUUGGCUGCAGCACCGCAAGCAGAUAGGCCUGCUCAGCUUCUUCUGCGCCGCGCUGCACGCCCUCUACAGCUUCUGCCUGCCCCUGAGCCGCGUGAACCGCUACGAGGUGGUCAACCUCGCCAUCAAACAGGUCCUGGCCAACAAGAGUCACCUGUGGAUCGAGGAGGAAGUCUGGCGGAUGGAGAUCUACCUCUCCCUGGGAGUGCUGGCCCUUGGCACGCUGUCCCUGCUGGCUGUCACGUCCCUGCCCUCCAUUGCAAACUCGCUCAACUGGAGAGAGUUCAGCUUCGUUCAGUCGACCCUGGGCUUUGUGGCCCUGGUGCUGAGCACCCUGCACACACUCACCUAUGGCUGGACCCGUGCCUUCGAAGACAGCCAUUACAAGUUCUACCUGCCUCCCACGUUCACGCUCACACUGCUCGUGCCCUGUGUCGUGAUCCUGGCCAAAGGCCUGUUCCUGCUCCCCUGCUUCAGCCGCAGGCUCUCCAAAAUCCGGAGGGGCUGGGAGAAGGAUGGUGGCGUCAAGUUUACUCUGCCCAUGGACCACGCCCUGGCCCAGAAGACGAGCCACGUGUGAGGUGCCUGCCUCUGACCCCAGAAACCAGACACGGGCAGGACAGUGCCCUGGGCCUGUCAGGGCUGCUUUUCUGGGUCAUGCGGUCUGGUGAAAUUAUGCGCCAAGUGGUGGUUCGAGGUCUGAAUUCCUGGGACCCACAUGUAUGCGGUAAUAUUCAGAAUGGCACACGCACAGGUGUGACAUAUAUGUUCAUAUAGAUUUCAUAUAUAUAACGGGAUUUGCAUUUAUACUUACUUAGCUAAAAAGUUGAGUCCCUGAGAUUUCAACUUGUAGAUUUAAAAGCCAGUGCCAGACGUUAGGAGAACAGCACCUCACCCUAUGGGGAUCGCUGCAGGGACGGACACACACUCUGCACAGAAAAGGCGGUGAGUGGCUUGUACCUUGGUGGAUUCGAUCCAUUUGUGUUCCCACUCCCUUUUUGCUGCUUUCCCGAGGCUUUUGCAGAGCCGGGGCUCUAAGGGGGCAGAUAAGAGCGCGGCCUGGAGCCAGAUUUGGUGCACUGGGCUAAAGAGUCUCCAGCAAGCAAGCAGAGCAGGGGGAGGCCUCCGCCCUCAUUCACCUUCGGCAGCAGCAGGAGGUCAGGGCCCGUGGGGGGUGAGGCUGCUGUCUGUACCCUGGGAGCCAAUUGUUGAGUGGUCCUUUGCCAGGUCGAGGGGGCAGGGGGAUCGGGGCCCAAGCUGAUCUCCCCAGUCCUCCCUGAGCUGGGGAGAUUUUUUUUUUCCCUGAAAGUCCGAAGUCACCACAGGGGCGGCACAUUGAUCUCUUGUGGGAGUGUGAAGUCACCUCCGUGCAGGAGCUACUAAUGAACCAUCUUGAGAACAAGUGUAAUUUCUUUCCCUCCUUUAAGUUGGUGAUGACCGCUCUUUAAACCACUGUGCCUUCUCACCUUUCAGAUCAUUAGUGCGGAUAUCUCUUAGGAAGGCCCAGAGCAGGCCCUCUAAAAGUCAGCCCGAGGGGGAGGGGAAAACAAGGCAGACAGCGCUCAGCAUCCCAACUAAGGCUUUCCUGGGCCCCACCCAGCACACGGAAGGACUGAUUGUCUCCACUGAAUCCGUCCCGUGGAAAAACACGGGGGACCUCAUCGGUAUGUCCCCGCUGCUGCUGCCGGGCAGAGAACCAGCCAGAAAACCACACUGGCUCCAAGUUCCCCACUGCUCCAGGGAAACAGGGAGAACGUGGGCAACAGGACACCCCAAGAAUCACCAACCCCAGGCGGUCACACUUCAGAAUCAUUGGGGAGGGUCUUUUCUACCAAAGCUACAAACUUGAAGUGCUGCUACCCCAAAGCACAAGAGGCUGGACCACAGCCAGGGUCAUAGGACGCAUGUCCUCAAAUCCCAUGCUUGUUCCUAUUGAAACCGCUUUUAUGUCCCCUGUGGAGAAAAAGCUGUUUUGGGCUGAGCCCCCGCACCCUAGAACCAGGAUGAUCUGUCACCUCCACAAAAAAAGCACCUAUGAACACAAAGGGGAUAAAGCCCCAAUGGAAGACACAAGUGAGGCAAACGCUGAACUCUGCUCUGAAUGGGGAGCUCUGGUCAUGCUUAUGGCUCAGGUCUUCCCGGCCAGAGGGCAUCUUAGGAACAGAGAGUCGAGCCAGCAAAGGCUAAUAAGACCCCUGUGAGAAGAGGAGGUCCCUGCUUCCCUCAGGGAGGCCUCAGGAGCCCAUGUCUGUAGAGCACAUUAGGGUCCUUUAGUGAAAAGGGGGGGAAAAAAAAAAAGCCAAGUGCAAGAAUAUCUCAUUAGGCCAGUGACUGAUGGAGGGAAGGCGGUGCAGGCGAAGCUGUGUGCUUCCUGCUGAUGUUUUCCAUCUGCUGCUUCAAGGCUGAGCGGCAGAAGCUUGUCUUCCAAAUGGGCCCCGAUGGAGCGGCCGCCGAGUUCCUCGGAGAAGCUCACUGGAAAGGAGGCAGGCGAAGCACAGAUUCCAGCAUUCGAUUCAUAAAAUGAGGGCCCGUGCAUUUCCUGCUGAUUGGAAGCAGGGAGAACAGGGGCACCUGGGAUCCACUAGGGCUCUCCAACCCCAGUCAGUAUUGGCUGCCUUCCUUCUCCAGCCCUCCCUGGGCCCAGGGAAUUUCCUUAUACCAAAGAUGCUGACAUCCAGCAACAUCCAGUAUGCUCCCUCCCCUUCCCUGCCCACCUCCUGCUGCAGGUGCUCCUAGGGGAGGGAACUGGUUCCAAGGUGGGUGGCAGGAGGGAACAAGUGCAGCAGAGGACCUGGCUGCCUACCAGCUGGACAAUCAACUCAUGAAAGGCAGGAUGUGCUGUGUGCUUGGGCUUGAUCUGGUGUCUGUUGCUCUUCCCUACCUCACCAGGCAGCUGGCAACAGCAUCCCCAUGAGAGCAAGUCACUCCCUUUCAGCCUGGUAAACUCUGUGUGCCUCUGGGUACAAAAGUGCCUGAACCAAUGUGCUCCAGAAGUCCUAAAUGCCAUGGUCUGAGGUUGACGUUUAAAAUCAAUGCCACUGAAACAGUCUGUGUAUUUUGCGUUUACCUUGUAGAGCUUGUCUAAGAAGCAGCAAAAAUAAACACCUAACCUUCUGUGAA